AUGGUUCAAUGUUGCGAUAAGUGUAAACAAGUGGAGGAGACAACACCAGCCUCUCAUCACUGCCCACAAUGUGCUCUCUAUUUUUGUGAGAGUCAUUUGGAGCUUCAUAAUGCUGCAAAGAAGACUUCCGGGCAUGCGGAUCAAGUGAUUGAUAUUAAUUCAAAACCUGUUUACAUGUGUGAUGAGUGUUUGGAAAUGAAGGAGAAGAAAUUGUUGGAUACAUGUUUGAAGGCUAGUCAUCAUUGUCAUGAAUGUAAAUUAAAUUUAUGUAAAAAUCAUGUCGAGUUGCACAAGAUUUCAACUCUGAGUAAAUCACACACUCCAGAAAUUAGAGUGAUUGGAAAGGGAGGUGAUGUUCCAUUUAGUGGAAAUUUCACACUUGUUGGUACUUUGGAAAUUGAAAAACAAACUCUUGGCACUAGAAAAUCAUUUGAUGUUAAAGUGAGUGCCAAGAAUCAAGAGAUUUACAUGUCUUAUGAAUAUAGUAUGAUUGCUGUUUUUGAUAGCAAGACUAGAGAGCCAAAGAGAACGAUCAAGGCUCCUUCCACUGCUCGUUGGAUGUGCUUGUGUGAUAAUGAUGAAGCAAUGAUCUUGUGUUGUGGUUGUAAUAUUUACAAAAUUAAAGUUGAGAGUGGUGAAGUUGUGUGGAAAUUUGAUCAAUCAAGAGGUGAAAGUAAUGACAGAUUCUCUGAUCAUACUACUUGUGUGGUCGAUCCUUUGGAUGGUUCUGUAUUUGUUGCUGAUUGUUUCAAUUCAAGAAUUCAAGUCUUCUCCAGUGCAGGUCAAUAUUUAAGAACAAUGAAGGGAGAGAUUGGAAGCGACAUUGCUGAAAUUUACGAUCCUUACUGUAUUGGGUUGACAGCCGACAAUAAGAAUUUACUUGUCUAUUGCAACAAGACAUAUCACAAGAGAGGAGUUCAAUUAUUUACAAAGGAUGGAGUAUUUGUUAAUAAGGUUUUUGGAUAUGAGAAUUCCACCCUGAAUGCAUUCUGUAAUCCUCCAAUUUAUUGUAUAGUAGAAAAGUGUACUGGCAACUUGAUCAUGUCUGAACCGUCCUCUAAGAAAUUGACUCUCUACGAGUUAACUGAAAAAGAUGGCAAAGUAUUAAUGGCUACAGCAACUGGUUGCUCAACUCAAUUAGGAGAAAGACCAUUCAGACCAUAUGGUAUGGAUAUUGACCCAACUAAUGGCUAUUUGUAUGUCAAUUGUGAUGAAGAUAAGGUUGUUAUUUAUAAAUAA